CUUCGGGCAUUUAGCAAACGUCAAAGUCAAUUCUCUUUUCACUUUUGCUUUGAAAUUUGGUUCGAGCAAUUCUCUUUUAUCGGCUCUACACGUUUCGUGUCUUUACGACUUAAAAAAUGCGUUACGUGGCCGCUUAUUUGUUAGCCGUGCUCGGUGGAAAAGCUUCCCCAGCCGCUGCCGAUAUCGAGAAGAUCCUUAGCUCUGUUGGUAUUGAAGCUGAUGCCGAAAAGCUCAAGAAAGUCAUUUCUGAGCUCAACGGCAAGUCUGUCGAGGACUUGAUCGCUGAAGGCCGUGAGAAGCUGUCUUCUAUGCCAGCUGGUGGUGCCGCUGUGGCUGCUGCCCCCGGUGCUGCAGCUCCUGCCGCAGCUGCUGAGGAGAAGAAGGAAGAGAAAGAGGCCAAGAAGGAAGAAUCUGAGUCUGAGGAUGAAGACAUGGGCUUUGGACUUUUCGACUAAACAUUUUUAUGUGCAGGGCACGCAGAUUUUAUUCCAACUUUGUUGUAAGACUAAUAUGACAAGGAUAUUUCUGUGAAAUAAACUUGUACUAUAA